UUGUAGGCUACAGUCGCUUUGAUGACAAGACUGACUGGUAAUCGUAAACUGCUUGUUGCCAGUUGUGGUUGGAACACACGCUGAUAGCACCCGGGACUGCCACAUACGCCGGCGCCGGCUACUGCACGGCACGGGAAAGAAGCAGCCUUUCGCCGUCGCCGGGGUUGAUCUUCGUGUAAAGGCACAACCUGACAGUAUCCGUAGAUAGCAAAGGGACUGCUCACCCAGUACCAAAAUGUUCCGGCUGCUACGAACAGUGGAGAAGCAGGGCCUGGUCCCACUAAUAGACAACCUGGUCAGUGGGAACAUCCAGAAGGUCAUAUCUGUGCAGAGCCGCAACCUCAACACCUUCAAAUGUCUCUUUUCAUCCAGUGGAGAACAGGUUACGCUGAAGGGGAUCCCGUACAGCGAGCUGACGGUCGGUGUUCCCAAGGAGACAUUCCUGAACGAGCGUCGAGUUGCGCUCAGCCCAGCUGCGUGUGCAACCCUUACGAAGGCGGGCUUCAAGGUGAAUGUGGAGCGUGGCGCUGGAGCGGAGGCACAGUUCAGCGAGUCCGAGUACGUCAGCUCAGGUGCAGAAAUCAAGGAUGCCGGAGAUGUCUUCAAAUCGGACAUUGUUCUGAAGGUGCGAGCACCAAGCACAGAGGAAGUUGGCCAACUCAAGGAUGGUGCUCACCUCAUCAGCUUUCUGUACCCAGCACAGAACCAGGAGCUCAUUGAUCUGCUGGCAAAGCGGAAUGCCACAGUACUGGCCAUGGACUGUGUGCCCCGUAUCAGCCGUGCACAGGUCUUUGACGCCUUGAGCUCUAUGGCAAACAUUGCCGGCUAUAAGGCAGUGUUAGAGGCAGCCAACAGCUUUGGACGAUUCUUCACAGGUCAGAUUACAGCUGCAGGGAAAGUGCCUCCAGCUAAAGUCAUGGUCAUAGGAGGUGGUGUGGCUGGUCUGUCUUCUAUCGGCACUGCAAAGAACAUGGGAGCCAUUGUGAGAGGGUUUGACACCAGAGAGGCAGCAAGAGAGCAGAUCAAGUCCUUGGGAGGAGAAGCCCUGGAAGUCCAUGUGGAAGAGUCUGGUGAAGGAGGUGGCGGAUAUGCCAAGGAGAUGUCCCCAGAAUUCAUUGCAGCAGAAAUGGCUCUGUUUGCCAAGCAGUGCAAAGAGAUUGACAUCCUGAUCUCCACGGCCCUCAUUCCCGGGAAGCCAGCACCAAAGUUGAUCUCCAAGGAGAUGGUGGAGUCCAUGAAACAGGGGUCUGUCAUCGUCGACUUGGCAGCAGAGGCAGGUGGUAACAUAGAAACUACAAAACCUGGAGAGAAGUACGUAUAUAACGGGGUGACACACAUCGCGUACACCGACCUUCCCAGCAGACUUCCCACUCAGAGCAGCACCCUGUAUGCCAACAACAUCAGCAAGCUCCUGCUGUCACUCGGAGGGAAUGGGGAGUAUGUCCUAGAUCUGGAGGAUGAAGUCGUUCGAGGUUCGAUCAUUCUGGACAAGGGCAAGAUGAUGUGGCCGCCACCCCCACCACCGAAGCUGGACGUCACCCCAGAGGCCAAGCCAGCAGAACAGGUAGCAGUGGCACCACCGGAGCCCAAUUACUUCAUGGACACCAUGAGGAGUGCUGGGAUGUACUCGGCAGGGCUGGGUGUUGCAGCCCUUCUCGGAGUCGGCUCUCCCAAUCCGGCCUUCUCCACCCAGCUCACCACCUUCUCCCUGGCUGGUAUUGUCGGGUACCACACAGUGUGGGGCGUAACCCCAGCCCUUCACUCACCCCUCAUGUCCGUCACAAACGCCAUCUCUGGUAUCACUGCCGUGGGUGGGUUGCUCCUGAUGGGUGGAGGCUAUUUCCCCAACAGCUGGCCCACUGCCCUGGCUGCUACUGCAUGCUUCAUUUCCUCCAUCAACAUUGGCGGUGGCUUCGUCAUUACCCAGAGAAUGCUGGACAUGUUCCGCCGCCCUGACGACCCACCAGAGUACAACUACCUCUAUGCCAUCCCUGGUGUCGGCUUCAUCGGAGCUUACAGCUAUGGAGAGAUGAUGGGGUACCCUGAGAUGUACAACCUCACCUGCCUUGGUGCAUCCCUUUGCUGUGUCGGAGCCCUGACAGGGCUAGCCCACCAGACCACCUCGCGCGUGGGCAAUGCUCUGGGCAUCAUCGGUAUUGCCUCUGGCAUUGCAGCCACCCUCGGCAUUGUGGACGUGUCUGCAGAGACCUACAUGCAGAUGGGAGCAGCCAUGAGUGUUGGGGGCACCCUCGGAGCCAUCAUCGCCAAGCGUAUCAUCAUCAGCGACCUCCCACAGCUGGUGGCUUUGUUCCACAGCUUCGUUGGAAUGGCUGCCGUGCUGACCUGCGUCGCUACUUACCUGGCCCAUGCUCCACACUGGGGGGAUGAUCCCGCCACCAUUGAGAGAAUCGCCCAGUUCCUCGGAACAUUCAUCGGAGGUGUCACUUUCACUGGCUCUCUGAUUGCCUACGGAAAGCUUCAGGGUACCCUGAAGUCUGACCCUCUCCUGCUUCCUGGCCGCCACCUGCUGAAUGGGGGUAUGAUGGCCGUCAAUGCCGCGGCCUUGGGCUACUUCCUCAUGGACCCAAGCAUGGGAGCCGGCAUGGCGUCUUUGGGCACUGCCACCUGCCUUUCUUCUGUGUUGGGUGUGACUCUGACAGCAGCCAUUGGUGGAGCAGACAUGCCUGUGGUCAUCUCUAUGCUGAACAGUUACAGUGGAUGGGCACUGUGUGCUGAAGGGUUCAUGUUACAGAACAGCCUGCUGACGGUUGUCGGCACCCUGAUCGGAUCAUCUGGUGCCAUUCUGUCGUACAUCAUGUGCAAGGCCAUGAAUCGCUCCCUCACUAACGUCAUCUUCGGUGGCCUAGAGGCCAAGACAAAGACAUGGGGAGGCGGCAAACCCAUGGAGAUCACUGGCACUCACACCGAGGUCAACGUGGACCAGUCGGUGGAUAUCAUCAAGGAAUCCAAUAACAUCAUCAUCGUUCCUGGCUAUGGUCUCUGUGCUGCCAAGGCCCAGUACCCGCUGGCUUCCAUGGUGGAAACCCUCACCAAGAAGGGGAAGAACGUCCGCUUCGGCGUCCAUCCCGUGGCAGGGCGCAUGCCUGGUCAGCUGAACGUUCUCCUCGCCGAGGCAGGCGUUCCUUACGACAUCGUUUUGGAGAUGGAUGAGAUCAACCACGACUUCAAGGACACCGACCUGGUUCUCGUGGUAGGCGCCAACGACACGGUGAACUCGGCAGCUCAAGACGACCCCAACUCCGCCAUCGCUGGUAUGCCUGUCAUGGAGGUGUGGAAGGCAGCAAAUGUCAUCAUCAUGAAAAGGACUCUGGGUGUGGGGUACGCCAACGUCGACAACCCGGUGUUCUACAAGCCGAAUACGUCCAUGCUGCUCGGAGAUGCCAAGAAGACGCUAGACACCUUGCAAGGAAAGGUUGCAGAUUAUUAUACCAGCUAGAGGUCAAAGGCUGAUUAAGAAGUUCCUGUGUGUUGGGUAGACAUAGAUGUACAUACAAUAACUUAAUCAGAUACAGAACACACCACAAUCAAUGCAUGGCCCAAAAUUUACACUAUUGCUACCUAGUCCUGGACUUGAGGCAUCAUUUAAACAUAAUAUAAAAGUCAACCUGUAUGUGCUUUAUACAUUCAAUACAUGCUCUAGAAUGUAGGCAACGAUUGGUAGAUAAAAACACAAAACAAAACAAAGAUAUUUUUAUUUCAUAAAUAGAAGUCUAUGAAAUACUCCUCUCCAAAAGCUAAAUAUUCUAUUUUUGAUUUGUUGAUAAUUAUGAAGCCUGUUUCUGUGAGUAUGUCCUUUGAAGAAAGUAUUGACUAUGGAUCACUAAGUGAUGAAAUUAAGAACUGCCAGAUAUAAAUGAAGAAAAAAGGAACUCUUAAACCCUAGCUGAAGUUAAAGCAAUUUAGACUGUAUUCACUAUGCAACAAUAACAGCCCACCGUGGUCAUUGAAAUAUGGUGAACAUUUAAUAAUCAGAACAGUAGGGGGUAGAGAGUAGCUCAGCUCACUGUAUAACUGGGACGCAAGACCAUACUGAACAAUGGACAAACCAGGAGAGGUAGAAAAUGGGGGAAGCUGCACUGGAAGGUCAAUGAGAAAGUAUGCAAACAUCAGCAUAAUUUUUCAUAAAAUCCCUUCCACAAUCAUCUCUGCUCAGUCCAAAAUAUGUUAUUUCACUUGUGUAAUUGGACAUGGAGUGCUACUAUGUUUUCGGGAUGGGGAACAUGUAUAAAAGAAGCAUUAUCUUGCAGAGAUUUUGUACACAUAAGAAUGGUCCCAUAAAUUGGAAGGUCGUGUUUGUGUGCCAAAAUGAAUUCUCAAAUGAUGUUAACAACUAAUAAAAAAAGUGGAUAAUAGUAAUGGGUGGUGAACAUGAUUGUGCUAAACGUUAGGAUCUGCUUGAAGUAAGAUUUGCUGUUCCAUGUUGUGUCUUACUGGUAUGGAUACCUGGGAUCUCCAAAGUGUGUCUGUUGAAGUGUUUUAAUGCCUCUGAGUGAAAAUGGAAUAAACCAUGGACCUAUGA